AUGAAGAAGCCACCCAAUAGUUGUUCUUACUACUAUAACUACAAGGGCUUCCACAGCAUUAUACUGAUAGCAGUGGCAGAUGCUGGCUACAAGUUCCUGUAUGUGGAUGUUGGGGCAGAGGGUGUUGCAUCGGUUGGAGGAACAUGGAGUAACUGCUCCCUGCAUGAUGCUGUAGAAGACCACACAGCUGGAGUGCCUCAACCAGAACUGCUCCCUAAUGAUGAUAAGCCAGUGCCCUAUCACUUCGUAGGAGAUGACGCCUUCGCACUCCGAACCUGGAUGAUGAAACCAUUCUCCCAUCGAUCACAGGUCCAACGAGAACGCAUAUACAGCUACAGGUUGUCUCGUGCCCAUCGUGUUCUGGAGAAUGCCUUUGGAGUCUUGUCUCACAGGUUCCAUUGCUUCUUGGCAACAAUGCAGUAG